AGUCGGCACCGCGGGGAGCGUGCGUCUCUCAGCGUUCUUCUCUCUCCCCAGGUCUCCGGGCUGCUGAAAAGGCGCUUUCACAGGACCGCGCCGGCGGCGCUGCAGGUGACAGUUCGUGAUGCUAUAAAUCAAGGUAUGGAUGAGGAGUUGGAAAGAGAUGAGAAAGUAUUUCUGCUUGGGGAAGAAGUUGCCCAGUAUGAUGGGGCAUACAAGGUUAGUCGAGGCCUGUGGAAGAAAUAUGGAGACAAGAGGAUCAUAGACACUCCCAUAUCUGAGAUGGGCUUUGCUGGAAUUGCUGUAGGUGCGGCUAUGGCUGGGUUGCGGCCCAUUUGUGAAUUUAUGACCUUCAAUUUUUCUAUGCAAGCCAUUGACCAGGUUAUAAACUCAGCUGCCAAGACCUACUACAUGUCGGGGGGCCUUCAGCCUGUGCCCAUAGUCUUCAGGGGACCCAAUGGCGCCUCAGCAGGCGUAGCUGCCCAACACUCACAGUGCUUUGCUGCGUGGUAUGGGCACUGUCCAGGCUUAAAGGUGGUCAGCCCCUGGAGUUCAGAGGAUGCAAAAGGACUUAUUAAAUCAGCCAUUCGGGACAACAAUCCAGUGGUGGUGCUAGAGAAUGAAUUGAUGUAUGGAGUUCCUUUUGAAUUUCCUGCGGAAGCUCAGUCAAAAGAUUUUCUGAUUCCUAUUGGAAAAGCCAAAAUAGAAAGGCAAGCAUUCCUUUACCUUGUGUUUUCUCUUCCUGGGCAGCCACACCUCUGUGCCAAGGUGGUAGUGCUUAGCAGGCUUUCCUUGCCUCUCUCUCACUUGAGCCUGCCUUCUCUCCUAGGCCCUGCAUUCAAUUUCCUGGAUGCUCCUGCUGUUCGUGUCACUGGUGCUGAUGUCCCUAUGCCUUAUGCUAAGAUUCUAGAAGACAACUCUGUACCUCAGGUCAAAGACAUCAUAUUUGCAAUAAAGAAAACAUUAAAUGUCUAAUUUGAACUUGAAUAUCAAGUCAUUGAAAUUUAUUUAAAAUACUUGCUGGCAGUUCACCUGGACUGUACUAUAAAACCUUACUGUUCAUAAAUUUAGAGCAACAACUGGUGUUUUUGUACAAGGAAGAAGUUUAAAUGUGUUCGUGUGUGGGAAACUUUCCACUCUCUGCUCUAGACUCCAUGCUUUUUCUUGUCUGUUACAGUUGUCGUGUUCUCUGAAUAAGGUUAAUGUAAAAUUUUACCUUGUCUAGAAGAACAAGGUAUCAAUGUGGCUUAUGUGUACAAAAUAAAAGUGUUUAAUCUACAUUUACUAUUGAUUGUUUUGAUAAGGAAUAAAGGAAUUCCUAACUAUUA